AUGGAUGUCGAGAAAGUUUUCCACAUGAAAGGAGGUCUUGGAGAUGCAAGCUAUGCCAAAAAUUCUUCUCUUCAGAAAAAGACAGCUGAGAGAGUGAAGCACAUAACAGUAGAGAACAUGGAGCAAAUGUAUCUAGGAAUGAAGCCCAAAAGCUUGGGCAUCGCGGACUUAGGCUGUUCUUCGGGCCCAAACACGCUGUCGAUUGUCAAACAGCUGGUGGAUGCCGUCCAGAAUGCAUGCGGCCGCGUCGGGCAUACGGAGCUGCCCGACGAGUUCCGAGUUUACCUGAACGAUCUCCCGACCAACGAUUUCAACACGGUAUUUCGUGCUCUGCCCGAUUUGUAUCGGGAGAUCAAGAAUGGGAUCAGUAACAGUACCGAGGCCCGGCCCAAUAUCUACAUAGCCGGUUACCCCGGAACGUUUUACGGCAGGCUGUUUCCAGACCACUGCUUGCACUUUGUUUAUUCAGCAAACAGCCUUCACUGGCUGUCAAGGGUUCCUCCUGGUAUCUAUGAUGAUGAGGGUGUAUCAAUAAACAAAAACAGCAUAUACAUAACCGAGAGGAGUCCGGGUCGGGUCGGGGAAGCAUAUCUUAAGCAGUUUCGAAAGGAUUUUUCUUUGUUUCUAAAAUCCCGGUCGGAGGAGGUGGUGGCCGGCGGCCGGAUGGUGCUCAUAUUUCUGGCGAGGAGUGGGCCGGGACACGUGGACAGGGGCAACUCUUUCUUUUGGGAACUUCUCUACCAAUCUUUGGCCACUCUCGUUAACCAGGGUUUGGUUGAGCAGGAGAAAGUAGACAGUUAUGACGUACACUUUUACGCGCCAUCAAAAGAAGAGAUAGAGGAUGAGGUGAGAAAGGAGGGGUCCUUUAGAGUGGACCGUGCCGACUUGUUCGAGAUGGAUAAGGAUGCUGGGGACUACCCGAGCUACGGCGUGGCCGUGGCCAGGGCCGUUAGGUCCGUUCAAGAAUCGUUGAUCGUGCAUCACUUUGGGGAGGCCAUAGUCGACAAGCUGGUCGACAUUUACGCAAGAUUGGUCGAUCAAGAAUUGGCCAAAGAAGAUAUUAAUUUCCUCACGGCCCUCCUUGUUCUCACCAAGCUAUGA